AUGAUGGAGGGCAAACCCGGCGACGAAGGGCUAGGCCUGCGGGAAAGGGACAUUCAAGAUCAAAAUGAUAUUCAGAUGACACCGUCGGCUGAGUGGCAUCCCACUCGCCAAUUUGCUCGGAAGCCGAUCAACGGGCCACAGACUCCAACAACGCCGGCACCCAUCGGCAGCCCGUACGGGCCUUUCGGAAGAAGCCCACCGACGCCUUCCGCCAAAUCACCACAACCGUCCUUUUCCGAACGAGCUGCCGGCGCCGCAGCGUAUUUCCCAGCACCGGCGAGCGGAAAUAAUGCGUCUUCUCAGCGACCGAGGCCGGCGCCAUUACAAAUGGAUGGGCACGAGUAUUCAAACUAUUCUGCCUCUUACUCCAGCCUAAGCACGCCGUAUACGGGCGGACUUUCUACUGGAGGGCUUCCACCAAAACGACAUAGAAGCGCUCGAGUCGAUUCUCAGUCCUCGGCAACUGGUCUACUCUCACCACCGUGGCAUGGUCCUCCGCCUAAUCGACCGCAGUCGAUGUAUUAUCCCCCGGAGCAAAUUCGGCUUUUCAACAAGUACUGGCACCCGUCAUGGAAUAUGUAUUUUUUCCUCUUCGCCGGGAUUGCAUUUGCCCUCGGCCACCAUUUUUUCUAUGCCGGCCUUGACGGAACAGAGGCCAACGGCCAGAUUCGCAUGCUGCGCUACGGCGCUGCAUUGUCAUUCCUCAGCAAGGCAAGUCUUGGAUCGGCUGUGAUCCUAGCCUUCCGACAAAGAGUAUGGAUGACGGUCCGCCGAAAGAUGCUCACCCUCGCUGCCGUGGAUUCGCUCUUUGCCGCGGCGGAAGAUAUGACUGCCAUUUUCAACAUUGAAGUCUUCCGCCAAGCUAGGAUCGCCAUGAUCUUGGCCAUCUAUGUGUGGUGUACCCCUCUUGUCGUGGUUCUCACCUCAGACACUCUAACUGCUCAACCUGCGACGACACGCCAGACCACGACGUGCCCAUCCAUUCGCACUCUCAACUUUGCUCAAGAAGAAACCAAUGACUUUCGUACAGGGACGAAGAUUAACAACCUUUUUGAGCUUUCCACUUCCUUAUGGAACACAACUACCUUGAAUCAGUCCAGCGAAGACUUCUUUGACUAUUGGAUCGGAACGAGCUGGCAAUUCGAGGAGAUAUCUACUUCAGCAAUUCUAGGCAAGAAACCGCUCUCGCGGACGAAUGCAAGUCUUGAUGUUUGCGGCAUGGGCUGGAACUGUUCAUUCACCAUUCAGUUCAAGGGCCCCGGAUACAAGUGCGAAGAGCUUGCCAGCGGCGUCGGGUCGACACCGAAGAAGCUCAACGGCGCCGAGAUGCCCUUCAACAUGAGCAUGCUUGCCCCGGUGGGCAAUCAUACCUACAUUGCUCAUGCCACCGCUGGCGAGUACCAGAACCCUCAGAUGAACGACACUGGCUCCGCAGGCGUCAUCAACACGCCACCGCCAUAUCCGCAAAACCUCGGCGCGCUCCGUGUGGAGCCGGUGCUCUGGUUCGGCAUCGCUGAGGUCGACGAGCCAUCCGAUCCCCAGCCGAUGGACCCCACCUUACCCGAAUGGCAAACGGCCUACACCCCAAAGGUGUUUGGCUGCGAGCAUCGUGAGACGGAGUAUGAGGUCGACUUCAACUACACGGGUCUCACUCAAAAGACCACUGUCCGGAAGCGAACGUUCUUCGACCGCAUCGUCGAUACCCGCUACCUCCCCGGUGUCGACGCUCAAGAUGGAACAGCGGACAACACCACAGGCACCCCGGAAUCGAACUACAUCUUCCCGCAGGACGUGGCUCGUUACCGUAGAACGAUGGCAUAUCACUCCAUCGGAUACCAAUUCCGCCAAUACAUCAACGGGACAAUCUUCCAACCCAACACCGACGCCAACACCAAAAUCCUGCAAACGCGCAUCCUCGACCAGCACAACUACCUCGUCGUCAAGGACUUUAUGUUCCAGGUCCAGAGCCUCUACGAAGACAUCCUCAUCUCCAUGUUCUCUCAGCCACGCCUCCUCGCCGUCGUCUGGGCCAACGACACGAGCGAGAAGACGGGCACCCGUCUCGGUGACAACCACACCUACCCCUGCACCCGCGAGCGGACCGACCUCCGCUACAAGUACCACGCCCGCGACCUCUGGGCCGUCUACUCCGUCGCUAUCCUCCUCGCCAUCGUUGGCGUGGCCUUUGGUCUCGCCGCCGUCCGCGAAGAGGGCCUCGUCCGCAAUACGCGCUUCAGCAGCAUCGUCGCGGCAACCCGCGGCCCGGGCCUCGAGAAGCUCCCUUGGGCAACGACGCCCAACAGCGACCAUCGACCCGUCGCCGGCGCCAAGGUCGGCUACGGCCUCGUACCCAAGGAUCCGCACGCGGGAGGUGUCGAGACGUACGGGUUCGGGCUGGAGGGAGACGUCAAGCAACCGCAGAGGGAGCGUGAGCAACGUGACGACUCGGGCCGGACACCAUCGAGGUUGGGUAGUCCCUUUCAAAGGGGGCCGUUCAAUCGGAGGUGGUCUAAAUUGAGUGGUCAACCGUAA